CAGGUCGCCACGGCAAAGAUGAAUCUGUCGGACGAUGUCGACCUCGAGGACUAUGUGUCGCGGCCCGAAAAGAUCUCGGGCGCCGAGAUCGCGUGCAUCGUGCAGGAGGCGGGCAUGCAGGCGGUGCGCGCCAACCGGUACGUGGUGAUGCCAAAGGACUUCGAGAAGGGGUACAAGGCGUCGACGCAGAAGAACGACCAGGAGUUCGAGUUCUACAGGUGA